AUGCUAGAGUGUAGCCUAAAUCCUUUAGAAUGGACCGUGGGCGAUUUAGGAAGUCAAACCAUCCGCUUGGGCCUUAGUGGCUCCCCGCGCCCCUCCCUGCUUGUUCCCUUGAGGUCACCACUCAACAAGGAGAGGCCUGAACCCGCGUCGGAGCCUAUGGGACCUUCGGAUAUUGAGGAUGCGGCGUUGGCAGAGCGUGGAGUUGUGAAUCGGUGGGACCCUCUACUCUCUCUCUUUUCUGCGUCAGCAUCAACUCUUUGGAUGCGAGAAGGGGAGUCUGACGGCCGUGGGUUCCUUGUGACGUUUCCGCCGUUAGAGUUGACUGCAGGCAAAGAGAGACUCCUCGAGUUUCUCUUUGAAACAGAACAGGCAACAGCUGUCGCUCUGCUACCGAGGGCCCCUCUAAGCCUUUUUGCAGCUGGGCACAGCGAGGGGCUGGUGGUAGAGAUGGGCCAUGGCUUGACUAGUGUCGUCCCAGUCCUUCAAGGUUAUGAACUGCCGCAUGCCACCUUCCGCAUGCUUAUUGCUGGAGAGGAAGUUAGUAAUGCUCUGAGGGCUGAGCUGACUAGGCAACACGGCAUAGACCCGUCUCUGUUGCCCGUACAGCUCGUGGAAGCAGCCAAAGCGAGCCUCCUCUUCGUAGGGGCCCCUGAUGGUGAUCUAUCUACGGACCCUGCGAAACGGUUUGAGGAAAAGGCGCUUGAGCUUCCAGACGGGACCGUUAUCGAGCUGGACGUGCGCGCUCGUAGUUUCCCAGCCGAGGUGUACUUCGGCCGUGGCACCGAAGCCCCCUUACCUCCAGCUUUGUCUGAAAUCGCCUCACUACAAGGGCAGCUCAUGUUGCGACCCUCAUUGCCCUCCCUAAUCGCUGCCUCCCUAGAAACCUUAGACGGUCCCUUGCGUGAAAUCUUGGGAAAGCAAGUAGUUUUUUGUCGUGGUGGUUCUCUGCUACCAGGGCUGCGGGAGAGGGUCGGUCCCGAGCUGGUAGCAGAGAUGGAGAGAAGAGUGAGCGUGCCCACUGAAAGCACGCUUUCCGCCGUCUCGCUCGACUUUCACAGUCAGAGGGAACAUGCCUCAUGGAUCGGGGGUUCAAUGCUGGCCUCUCUCUCCACCCUCCCGGCCCUAGCUAUCAGCAAAGAAAUGUACGCAGAGGGAAGGGCAAACAAGGCUGCGCUGAUAGAGCAGCAAGUGGGAGCGCCCCCAUAG